GCCGGUCCCGUCCAGCUAGAGAGAGAAGCCAUGGCUGGGCAGAGAGGAACAGCUCGUAAUAAUUGCACAGCUUCUUCAGCUCUUUCAAAGAAACUUCUUCUUGGAAUAAGUACACUCUCACUUCUCGGCGAACGGUAGACCUGCACAGCUUCUUCAGCUUUUUCAAAGAAACUUCUUUUUGGAAAAAGUACACUUUCACUUCUCGGCGAACGGUAGACCUCUCAAUCUCGAAAGGAAAAUGUUAUUAGUACGUUAAACCUUGGAUUAGACAAUGUAAAAUGAUAAAAAUAUCCAAGGCAGAGAGGCGAGUGAGCUACUGUGGCGCAUGAUUAAAAUGUGGUGUGGCGCGAAGAAUCUUUUUAUUAUUUAUGCACAUAUAACUCAAGAGAUGGAGCUGACUCAUGCAUGGGAAGUAAACUGCUUGUUUUGUUGCAUCAAUACCUGGUAAUAAGGUUCCAGCUUGGACAAAAUGUCUUUCCCAAUAGAGUUGAUUUUUGCAGUAUUAGCAUGCCUGCAUUCUUUUGUGUCACCUGAUGCACAAGGGGAUGCCCUCCUUGCAAUGAAGAAUGACCUGAAUGCUUCAGCUGAUCAGCUCGCUAAUUGGAAUCCAUAUCAAGUUAGUCCUUGCUCUUGGUUCAAAAUUACCUGCGAUGGCAACAAUGUAAUUUCUGUAUCAUUGUCAUCCAUGGGAUUUUCUGGGACUUUGUCCCCUAAAGUAGGAGUUCUGAAGACCCUUCGAACGCUUUCACUGCAAGGAAAUCGCAUAACUGGCAAAAUACCUAAAGAGUUUGGCAAUUUGACAAGCUUGACUACUUUGGAUCUGGAAAAUAACAGUUUAACUGGUGAAAUACCACCUUCUCUUGGGAAUCUCAAGAAUCUUCGGUUCUUGACUUUGAAUCAAAACAAUCUCACAGGGACAAUCCCAGACUCACUCUCACAUCUUCCAAACUUGAUAAUUCUUCAGCUUGCUUCUAAUAGUCUUAGUGGUCAAAUACCCGAGCAUUUAUUCCAAGUUUCAAAAUAUAACUUUUCAGGAAACCAAUUAAAUUGUGGCAUGAUAUCCCAGCCUUGUGCAUCUGAUAGUGGUGGUUCUUCACGUAAACCAAAGGUUGGAAUUAUAGUUGGAAUUGUUGGUGGGCUUCUCGGCCUUCUUCUUCUUGGUGGCUUGCUGUUACUUCUGUGGAAGGGCAGGCAUAAAAGAAAUAGAAGUGAAGUUUUUGUGGAUGUUGCAGAUGAGGUUGAUAGAAGAAUUGCAUUUGGCCAAUUGAAAAGAUUUUCUUGGAGAGAGUUACAGCUAGCUACAGACAACUUCAGUGAGAAAAAUGUCCUUGGACAGGGGGGUUUUGGGAAGGUUUACAAAGGAGUGCUUGCAGAUAAUACAAAAGUUGCUGUCAAGCGGUUGACUGACUAUGAGAGCCCUGGUGGAGAUGCAGCCUUCCAGCGUGAAGUUGAGGUGAUAAGUGUAGCUGUUCACAGGAAUCUAUUACGGUUGAUCGGGUUCUGCACAACACCAACAGAACGCCUUUUGGUGUAUCCCUUCAUGCAGAACCUAAGUGUUGCUUAUUGUUUACGAGGUAAGCUUAAACCUGGGGAUCCUGUUUUAGAUUGGCCUACAAGAAAACAAGUGGCUUUAGGCACAGCACGUGGGCUGGAGUACCUUCAUGAACACUGUAAUCCUAAAAUUAUUCAUCGGGAUGUUAAGGCUGCUAAUGUUUUACUGGAUGGAGAUUUUGAAGCAGUUGUUGGUGACUUUGGCCUGGCAAAGUUAGUGGAUGUGAGAAAGACAAAUGUGACAACUCAAGUUCGUGGGACGAUGGGUCACAUAGCUCCUGAAUACUUGUCGACUGGAAAGUCAUCCGAGCGGACUGAUGUUUUUGGUUAUGGGAUAAUGCUGCUAGAGCUUGUGACAGGUCAGAGGGCGAUUGACUUCUCACGACUGGAAGAAGAAGAUGAUGUGUUAUUGUUUGACCAUGUCAAGAAACUUCAAAGGGAGAAAAGACUGGAUGCUAUCGUAGAUUGCAACUUAAAUAAUAACUACAACAUCCUGGAAAUAGAGUUGAUGAUUCAGGUUGCGUUACUUUGCACCCAAGCAUCACCAGAGGAUCGUCCUGCAAUGUCGGCGGUGGUUCAGAUGCUAGAAGGAGAGGGGCUUGCUGAGAGGUGGAGAGAGUGGGAGCAUAUAGAAGUUACCCGUAGGGAAGAGUACGAGAGACGACAAAGACGAUUUCACUGGGGAGAGGAUUCGGUUUAUAAUCAGGAUGCCAUUGAGUUGUCUGGAGGAAGAUGAUAACACAGAAAAAUCUAUACCACCAAGGUGUACAAUCUCUCAAUCGCCCUUCUUCCUUCACAUAACAGGCAUUCCUCCUGUUCAUAUAUAUGUUGUGGCUUCUAGUCCUUUUCCUCUUUAGUUUUUUCGCCUUCUGCUACAUUUAUGUUUUUUGCACAUCAUCUAUAUAAGACAGUCCUGAAAACCUAAAGAUUCCUCUGCAAGGUUCAUCCACAGAGAGUGAGUCAGGGUUUAAGACCAGGCCAAAAGGCGUAGUCUUAAGUCGAAAGACAUAGUCAAUAGACAACAGGUGAAUAUUCUUGUACUACCCCUUAUUGGUCGCGAGGGUCGGAGGAGGCCAUCUCCCUUGCACUUUGUGAAGCCUGUCUCGGUGUUUAUGCAACGGCUUACAAGGGGCUGCCGGCAUCAUGUUGAGUACUUCUUGUUUCAUCUGAGAAACAUCUGGCAUGUGAUUCCUAAUUUUGUGGGAAAAUGUAAUCUAUUGUGUAGUAAUAAUGGUCUAAUUUCAUUCUGGUAUUUGAUUCUUGAAUCACAUAAAAUGCAAUGUGUGUAUGCUGUUGUCAAGAGUUGAUCUUGUUUCACUUCGUACUGAUGUGCUUCACUGAGAUUUGUUCAGUAAAUGCACCAACAUUAUGUAGUAGCUGACAAUUGAACUUGAGGACCUUAUUUUGUA